GAACGACCUCGUAGGAUUCUGCGGCGCGGCUGCGAUCGGAAGGGAAGGAGGAGUCGAAGGCGCCGAGCGAUAUCGAAUCGAUGGGGUGCGGCGGUUCCUCGCGGAAGAAAGCCCAAGAGAUAAAUAAGAAACUCAAAAAGCCAGAGGCCUGGACGCAUGCACAACCAUUGACAGAAGCACAGCUUAAAAAAAUGCGUGAAGAGUUUUGGGACACUGCCCCUUAUUACGGCGGUGAAAAAGAGAUUUGGGAUGCCCUUCGAGCUGCAGCAGAAAGUGAUCUAAAAUUUGCACAAACAAUAGUUGACAGUGCAGGAAUUGUUGUUACGAGUGCUGACAUGACAACCUGUUAUGAUGAGAGAGGUGCAAAAUAUGAACUUCCCAAGUUUGUUCUGAGCGAGCCAAUCAAUCUUAUUCGAGAUAGUUGAUUAUUCAGUAUGGAAGAGCUCAAGCAUAUAAAAGUUACCGUACAUCCCUUAGAUUAGUCUCUCUACAUAUUUACUGGAAGUAAAAUUGCAGCUUCCAUAGUGAGAUUUGACAUUAAUAUGUUUAAACCUUAGCCCCUGUUGGGAUAAAAAGAAGUCACCAAAUUGAUGAAGAUGCUUUACUUUUUUCUUAUAUCAAUUUUCUAUUUCUCUCGGGCUA